GCCCAACACACUGACAUAGAUGCCGCCUCUGUCUGGUCUGCCUGUGUGGGGGCUGUGCGCGAAGGUGAUGUGCAAAGAGGAGAAAGAAAUGACGGAGAUGGUUGGGUGGAUGGAGAGCCGCUAUGUGUGAAACCUUCCAACAAAAGACAACAAAGCCACGCCACGCGCAAAAGCAACAUCACACACGAAUCCAUCCAUCCAGACCACGCACUCCACCCAUGAAAUAUAUACACCACACCCACAGCUCGGGCGAGGAGGGAAUAUAUCACUUAGUUAGGACAGGAUACGAUACGGUGCAGGUGGACAUGUGGCUGAGGGGGUGACGGGAAGACAGCGCGGUCAGACACGCGCCACCUCUCGUCGGUAUAGUCACCACACCACACCACACCACACACACGGAUGGCCUGCGGGGGGUUGGUGUUCACGCCUUUGGCUUGUACUUGGCCAUCUCCUUCUCGUAACGCUCCUAAACACAACACAACACAACACAACACAACACACAACACCAACCAUCACACACAUCGGGAGAGAUCUGUUACACACCCACCCAUUCCCACCCUCCCUCUCACCUUGUCCUUCUUGGCCUGGGUCUCUGCACACACCACCCCACCACACACAGAACCAACAACACACAACACAGAGAGAUCCACGUGUGUGCAAUGUGGUGUGGUGUGAUGUGGUGUGCGCAUGGUGCGGUGUGUGUGGUUUGGUGUGCGGUGCAUCGGGUUGUAGUAAGUUCCUUCCUUACCGAAUGGAGCCUUUUGUUUGUCGGUCAUCUUCUUCCACUCCUCGCCGAGCACCUUGGAUACCUCCGUCACCUUCUUGGCCAGCUCAGGGUUCUUCUUGACCAACUCGGGGCGCCGCGAGAUGCCGAAAAAGAUAUAGGCACCUGCACAGAUGCCACACACCCAUCCGACACACAGAGAUCCAAAGAUAUGAGGCGAAUCCGAUGCAUUCCGAGGCGGAUGCAGUGCAUAGCGCCCUUUCUGUCCAUUGUGUGGUCGCAGAACGCACUCCGGGCCUUCUUGGGAGCAUCGGGGUCCUGCAUACCGCCACCACAGGCACCAGAAGGCAUGAGACAUGACGUAGAUGCCCUCUGUGGCGCCAUCCUGGCCUUCUGCUCACCUUCUUGGCGCGCGGCUUGGCGGCAGCCUUGCUCGCGCGGGCCUUGGCCUUGCCCUUACCCUUGGCCGCACCCUUCGCCAUGCCUGAGAGGACCAAAGCGACGAAAAGGCGGUCGGGGAGGUGGUGCGGAGGCCAAGGGAGGGAGCUCACCGUGCAACUAAGAUGGAAAGAUGAAAAGGGAGUGAAAGAAGGCUACGAUGUGGACGCAAACAACCACGGAUAUGCAGAUGCAGAACUUUAAGGGCGUGAAGCGUUUCACAGAGUCGAGAAGGAUUGCGGGCUUUGCAUGCAU